GGUCGCAAGUAGGAAGAUUUUUGCACUACACUGGAGAGGGGGAGCUACGGAGCCAGCCAGCCGCACCACCGUGUAUUGCCGCCGCGCCCGCCCCAGCCUGGCCCGGCCCCGCGGCGGGGCGCGAUGAGCCCGAGUCCCAGUCGGCCUGCCGGGGAGUGAGCGCGGGGCGCGGAGGGCGCGUUGCGCAGCUGCUCCUGCGCACAACCCCGCCACGGCCGCCGGCCCGCACUGGCAGUGAGUGUGAGAGGCUCCUCCCGGGCACCCGGCGCCGGGAGCGGGAGCAGGAAGCGCAGGCCACGCAGGGACCCAACUGAAACAAAGUGUCGGCCGCCUGGCGGCGGCGCCUCGCCCCAACCCUGCCCCUCCCGCCUGCCCGCAACUCCACUGCCCACCAUGGCUUCCGAGGAGCUGUAUGAGGUACAUCUCCAUUUAUGGAUGCAUUAACAGCCAAUGGAACAACCAGCAUACAGACAUCUGUUACAGGAGUAACAGCCGGGAAAAGGAAAUUUAUUGACGACAGAAGAGACCAGCCUUUUGACAAGCGGUUGCGUUUCAGUGUGAGGCAAACAGAAAGUGCCUACAGAUACAGAGAUAUUGUCGUCAGGAAGCAGGAUGGCUUCACCCACAUCUUGUUAUCAACAAAAUCAUCAGAGAAUAACUCACUAAAUCCAGAGGUAAUGAAAGAAGUCCAGAGUGCCCUGAGCACGGCCGCUGCCGAUGACAGCAAGCUCGUGCUGCUCAGUGCAGUGGGCAGCGUCUUCUGCUGUGGUCUCGACUUCAUUUAUUUUAUACGGCGUUUAACAGAUGACAGAAAACGAGAAAGCACUAAAAUGGCGGAAGCUAUCAGAAACUUCGUGAAUACUUUCAUUCAGUUUAAGAAGCCUAUUAUUGUAGCAGUAAAUGGCCCAGCCAUUGGACUAGGAGCAUCCAUAUUGCCUCUUUGUGAUGUGGUUUGGGCCAAUGAAAAGGCUUGGUUUCAAACACCCUAUACUACCUUCGGACAGAGUCCAGAUGGCUGUUCCACCGUUAUGUUUCCCAAGAUUAUGGGAGGAGCAUCUGCAAAUGAAAUGUUGCUCAGUGGCCGGAAGCUGACAGCACAGGAGGCAUGCGGCAAAGGCCUGGUCUCCCAGGUGUUCUGGCCCGGGACCUUCACCCAAGAAGUCAUGGUUCGAAUUAAGGAGCUUGCCUCGUGUAAUCCAGUUGUGCUCGAGGAAUCCAAAGCCCUUGUGCGCUGUAACAUGAAGGUGGAGUUGGAGCAGGCCAAUGAGAGGGAGUGUGAAGUGCUGAAGAAAAUCUGGGGCUCCGCCCAAGGGAUGGACUCCAUGUUGAAGUACUUGCAGAAGAAAAUCGAUGAGUUUUGAUUGGCAGGCUGCCUGCUGACAACACUGGAAUUGUACAGCAGGACAUCUGUGGCUCCAGGGUGCCCUAAUCCAUCCUCACAGCCUGAAACAAGUUCACUCUUAGCUUACGCUUGGAAGCAGGACUUGAAACAUCCAAGCUAUUUAUUAUCAAGGAGUUUUUCUAAGUACUGUAACUUUAAAAUAAAUAACUACAAAGCUCCUUUGUCCAAACAUCAUUACUUUAUACUUAAUAUACACACAAGUACGGAAGUAUAAUGGUGAGCUCUAGACCGCUCUUUGAAGCUCUAAUUCUUGUUAUCUUUGGCUUGUACUGUAUAAAAAAGAAUGUGUGUUUUGCUGGUUUGGGGUGGCAGAAAAGUCUGAAAUAAUGUUUGUUUUCUUUAUUUUUUUCUUUCUAAAACAGACUCUAAAGAGGCAUUAGUGGCCUUACCUCCCCUGCCCCAAGUAGAGAUAAAAGAUCUGAGCUGUGUUUUUGCCUCCAAGAAGGUAUAGAUAGCUUAGAUGAAAAGUCCAAAAGUAACAAUUAUCUUUUAGGGUAUUUCUGAUGAAAAACCCACUGAUGAACAUGCCCCCAAACUAAAGUAUGCUUUGGAUUUGUGCUGAAAAAAAUCAAUAGCUUUUUUCUUCUUCUUUAAUAUGUCCAGUUCUCACCCAGUUAACAUGAAGAAACCACUGUCUCUAGAAGAAGGCUUGUUUUGCAGUACUAGCGAAUCACUGAAUAGCUUAAGUAUGAUGUCUAAGUUAUAAGUUAGUCUUAGUGGGAUUUAAAUAGUGUCUCUGAAUGACCCUUUUGAAAAAUAACUACAAUGCUUCUUGUUGCUGGGUGAGAAAUACUACUUUAUAUACAAUUUUGGUUUUCUAUUUGCAGAUAUGAUUGAUAUAUUACACCAAAAAAAAAGUAUUUUUAUGUUUAUAAAGUAUUUUUUAGGUUCACUUAGAAUAUAUUUUAUUUAAUAAGUUAAAAUUCUUUUGGCACACUAUUAAAUGCAGAAAUCCUUUUUAAAAAAAAAACUACCUUAUAUUCGACAUUUAAUGUUCUUGGUCUCUGCUUUCAUGUCUACACAACACACUGAGUACAGUGUGGUACCCAAGAGUGCCCUGCGCAGACAGACAUCCACACUCCUUUCAGGAGUGGGGCUGAUCCUGAUCACAGAUGCCUAUUCUUAGCUAGGCUUCUGAGCUUGCAAUCAUAUUGAAUGUAUGAAGAGGGAGAUAAAAUCAAAACCUUAUUUUUGUACAGUUUUAAAGUUUAUACUAGAACCGACGGCCUCCUGGCUGCGGGGAGAGCUGUACAGUGUGUAAAUCUGCCUUUACCUUGGAUUGGUUGGUGCAGUAUUUUUGCAUCUGUGGGACCUACUUUUUCGUUCAGUAGUUUGAAAUAUAUAUAAACUGUACAAUCUGUAAAGUUUUUAUAGAAUAAAUAUUCAGCUGUGAAACUGGUUAAAUAAAACUAAUAUUUCUUAACACA